CUGUCGAUGGUGCUGCGUUCAGUCCAUUCAGUAUUAGUUGAGGAUUAUGGGUUGCCUACUUGGGGUUCGUAUUUGGUGUUUGCGCUUGCCACAAUCCUUGUUGGUGCCCUGCUUGGACUUAUCCUGGUGUGUAUCAUUGAUUUUGUAUUCCCACCAAAAGCUCAUGGACCAGCUCCUGUAGUCACUUCAGCUGGACUCAAAGCAGAUGAUGAUGAGGAAGAUUUAGUUGAAGACUCUGAAGUAAGAGUUGAAGAUAAUCUUAAGGAAGACAUGCCAAAAGAAGACACUCAGGAGGGAGAAAAGUGUGAUAAGGAGAUGGAACAGGAUGAGGAGGAGGAGGAGGAGGAAGGAGGAAGAGGAAGAGGAAGAUGAAGAUGAAGCAGAAGAAGAAAAGGCAAGGAGUGAGGGUGAAGGCAAAGAAAAAGAGGACUCUCAGGCUGAAGACGACAAGGACUCUCAGGCUGAAGAUGACAAGGAGUCAAAAAGUUCUCCAGAAGUUCGCCGUCGACGACCCAGGAAAGACUAGCAGGCUUAGGUUUAUAGGUACCCAUGUGAAGUUGGUAACCAUAUUAGAUUUCCACAAAUUCUGAUGAUAAAUUGUUUGAGAUACAUAGUUUAGUCCUUUUAAAAAGUUAAUGUAACUGAUAAUAUUCAUACUGUAUCAAGAUUGAGAGGAAUUCAUUCUUGAGAGGAAUUUAUUAUACAGUAUAUACAUUUCAUUAUGAAGGGUUUUAGCUCAUUCCCACAUCUUUCCUUCACUAUAUUAUUUAUGGUAUCUCAUUACAAUAUAUAAAUGUUGAAACAUAUAACUUCAGUGGUGUCUUGCAAUAUUGUAUGUUGGAAAGAUAGAAUGUUUUGCACACAAACACACAGGCCUCAUACCAUCUUUUCUUUGUCAUGCAGCAUCUGGUACUGACCAAAAAUUGAGGUUGCUAUUCCUGCCAUGUUACUCAUGAAUAAACCAGAAAUUUGCUCAUUUGUAGAUAGAAACUUACUUUCAAAAUUAUCCUUGUUUUUAUGUACAAAAACUCGCCUAAAACCUUGGGUGUAAUAUUAUUAAUCCAUUAUCUGGGAUUCAUUUUUAAACAUUUUCUUCAAGAAUUUGAAAUGCAUUUUAGUCUGCUUUUGCCAGUAAUAUAAUUUACUGAAAAUAUAUAAUAUCGUAUAUUUAGCACUUGCUUUUUUCAGUAGAAUUAAUUGAAGAAACUUGGUUCUAAAUCAUUUUUUUUUUUUUUUUGUUUUUCAAUGUUAAUCAUAAAGUAACUAUGAGGAAUUUUGUAUCUUAAAUUUAUAUGGCUUCAAAUUAAGCUUGUUACAAUUAGCUUUACAAUUUUUUUUUUUUUCAACAAUGACCUUAGAUAAUGCGAGUUUUUUAAAUUGCUCGUCUGGAUUCUUGCAAUUUUUUCAGGGAUUGUAAUAUUCAUUUUCUACUAGGAACAAGGCUCAUAACACUUAGCAUUUCAUAGUUGGAUUACCAUUCAUUGUGUUAAUGCUGCUUGAAACAUUAGGUGUUUCUUUGGCAGCAGAACAGGUUGGUGUGUGUUUACACUGAUCAAAGGGUUCAGGUCUAGUAUCAUAUGGUGCUAAUGGCAGGCACAAUGUGAUUUGUUAUAUUGUUUAGUUAUGUAUAAAGUAAAAUUUGAGAAUCGUUUAGGGUGGAUAUCUUUUAGGCUAUACAGGUCUACUGUUUUUCCUAAUCAAAGUCUUCUACACUUGUUGGAAUGUUAAGAUGAAGUUGAAUAAACAUUUUGUUGAAAAUUAUAAGUUAGGAGGCUGUCCUAACUAACCCGAGAUGUCUGGCAUACUAAGUAUACAUUCAAGUAUAUGUAUGUCAAGUUACAAGUAAUUUUAUUUACAGAAUCUUUCCUGGCUUACGGAGGAUUUUGCUUUUUUUUAUAUACAGUAUUUUGGGAUUUCUACAAUCUUGAUCAACUUGUAUAGCACUUCGUUUUGCAUUGCAUAUUGGUGCAUUAUGUUACUUUUUUUUUAAGUUUUUACUGCUUUAGAUAUAUACAAAACAAAUCUUACGGUGUUAUCAAAAGUAUAAUUUAAUUCCAGAGAUUAGUUUUAAGUAAAUUAUCAGAAGCAUAUUUUUCCAGAGAUUACUUUUAAGUCUUUAGUGCCUGUGGGCUGACAGAAGUACUGUAGAUGUUUCCAACUCAGGCAUUAAAAUGGAGAUAUUUUGUAUCAUUUUAAAGUGGCAAAAAGUCCUAUUAUAUAUUCCAUUAGUUUGAGCCCUACCUCCUUUUUUAUAGUUAAUUCUGUGAUAUUGCCAGCAAGUCAAACCACAAUUUAUUGAUCUGUAAUGCUAAUUUUUUUUUUUAUACAUAGCAUGACCAUCAAUUUUGCUGGAGUCAGAAUAAUCCAGGGUUCUAUAGGUUGGCCUUAUUUUAAUAAGAUUGUACUUACUGGGUGAGUCUCGUGAAUAAAAACUUAAUAGGAUAGUGUCAAGUAGGAUUUAAAUUAUAUUAUGCUCAUGUUAUAGCCCACCUGCUAACUCUUGAAAAGAGUUGAUGUAUACAUGCCUAAAAUUAGUCUGAUCAUAAAUGUGAGCCCCUAUGAAAUUUGCUUAUGCAUAAACAUAGGUGUUAAAUAAACUCUUAUGUAUAUCUUGUUAAUACUUUGUUUAUUUUGCUUGAAUCCAUUUCUUUUUAAUUGUCAUAUGGUGGAUUAAAAUUGCCCUUUUGUAAUUUUGGGUAAAUUGUGCUAUACAGUUGAAAGUAAGUGGAAGGUGCUGAUUUUGUUGUUAGUGGCUGGAGCGACGCGUGACAAAAUUUUUUCCUUGAAUAAGCAAGGUGAAUUUUGGGAGAUUAACACUGCUGAUUUAAGUUAUAUCGUGUCUACUGAAUUGUUAGUAUUUAACAAAUGUUGACACACCCAUUUUACUGUUUACAUUAUUUUUCUUUUCCCCAAAGUGCUUUGAAAUUUGCUCAUUGCAAAGCCAAAAUGAAGAUUUAUGAAGUUGCACAUGA